GUCGGAGGAGUGCCCCCUACCUCCCCAUCUACCAACUUGGUCCACGCGGAGCGACAAUGACGGAGAUAAUGGGACGCGGGUGGGCGUCUCCAGGACUCCCGCUCCAUCCCUCCGGGUCCCCGCCCACUGCUCCUCCGGAACGUACUGUGUGGCUGCUUUUCUCCAGCGCGCGGCGCUGCGCUCGCUUUUAUCCCCGGAGCCGCGUCGGUUCGUGCGCUGACAGCCGGGCUCAGCCAGUCGGCUGGAACUGAGUAGCAUUCUUUGAAUCUGCGGCUUUCAUGACGUCUCCCUGCGUGGUCCAUCACUUUUCUCCCAGCCGGGGAUUUUUUUUUCCGCCACUCUUGCCUUUUCCCCCUUCCCUCCACCCGGUCUCCCUCCCCCGCCCCUGCCCCAGAGCACACCCCUCCGCCCCUCGGUUGGCCCCCGCGCCCAGCCCUCCUCUCCGCUCUCGGCCAGAGGGAGCCCCUUUGAAGACGGCCGCACCUGGCCGGAGAGGCUGGGCUGGCGGAGGGGUGGGGAUGCGAGGGAACCGGGAAGCGAGACCCAGAGCUUGAUGCACAGCGAGGAGAAUGGAGUCUCCUAAUAGCCUCCCGGGGCCGAUGUGAAAUUUGACCAUCUGAUUCCAGUUUUUCUUUCCUUUGCUUUUUUUUUUUUCCUUCGCCAUCCAUCGUGUAGCGAAUUACUAAAUCUUGCUCCAUUCCAAGAGAGGAGAUCAUGAUCGAAUGAAGCCACCCAGUCCGCGGCAAGGAAAAGCACAAAGAAGAAAUGACAGCGAUGGCCAAGCUGACAGAAUCCAUGACUAACGUCCUGGAGGGCGACUCCAUGGACCAGGAUGUUGAGAGCCCUGUGACCAUUCACCAGCCAAAGUUGCCUAAGCAGGCCAGGGAUGACCUGCCAAGACACAUCAGCCGGGACCGGACCAAAAGGAAAAUCCAGAGGUACGUGCGGAAAGAUGGGAAGUGCAACGUCCACCACGGCAACGUGAGGGAGACCUAUCGCUACCUGACCGACAUCUUCACCACCUUAGUAGACCUCAAGUGGAGGUUCAACCUGUUGAUUUUCGUCAUGGUUUACACGGUGACGUGGCUCUUUUUUGGGAUGAUCUGGUGGCUAAUUGCAUACAUCCGAGGAGAUAUGGACCACAUAGAGGACCCUUCGUGGACUCCCUGCGUCACCAACCUCAACGGGUUCGUCUCUGCUUUUUUAUUCUCCAUAGAGACAGAAACCACCAUCGGCUAUGGCUACCGGGUCAUCACGGACAAGUGCCCGGAGGGAAUUAUUCUCCUCUUAAUCCAGUCUGUGUUGGGGUCCAUAGUCAACGCAUUCAUGGUGGGAUGCAUGUUUGUAAAAAUAUCGCAACCCAAGAAGAGGGCAGAGACCCUGGUUUUUUCCACCCAUGCAGUGAUCUCCAUGCGGGAUGGGAAACUAUGCCUGAUGUUUCGAGUCGGAGAUCUGAGGAAUUCCCACAUCGUGGAGGCUUCCAUCAGAGCCAAGUUGAUCAAAUCCAAACAGACCUCCGAGGGGGAGUUCAUACCCUUGAAUCAGACAGAUAUCAACGUAGGGUAUUACACUGGGGAUGACCGUCUGUUUCUGGUGUCACCACUCAUCAUCAGCCACGAAAUUAACCAGCAGAGUCCUUUCUGGGAGAUCUCCAAAGCCCAGCUGCCCAAAGAGGAACUGGAAAUUGUGGUCAUCCUAGAAGGAAUGGUGGAAGCUACAGGGAUGACGUGCCAAGCUCGAAGCUCCUACAUCACCAGUGAGAUCCUGUGGGGGUACCGGUUCACACCCGUCCUGACGCUGGAGGACGGGUUCUACGAAGUCGACUACAACAGCUUCCAUGAGACCUACGAGACCAGCACCCCGUCCCUCAGCGCCAAAGAGCUGGCCGAGUUAGCCAGCAGGGCAGAGCUGCCCCUGAGCUGGUCCGUCUCCAGCAAACUCAACCAACACGCAGAACUGGAGACAGAGGAGGAAGAAAAGAACCCCGAGGAGCAGACGGAAAGGAAUGGUGAUGUGGCGAAUCUAGAGAACGAAUCCAAAGUUUAGUCCCCUGGCCGGGCAACCCCUCUCCUCUCCCCCGCAUCCUUCCCUCGUCUCUCAUUCUCUUUCUUUUCUGUCUCUCCUGCUUCGUUCUUCCUUUGUAUUUAAGUUUGGCAUUACCAGAAAACAAAUCUUCAAGGUGUAAAAUAUCUACCUGCCCUCUCUCAGUUACUCAGAUUGACAGGGUAGACGUGGAUUGGGUUAGGGUGUCAUGUGCCCUCAUUUAUGGCCCAGGUCUUCUCCCUAAAUACGACACAUCCAACUCCUGGAGAUGUAAGCACUUACCUGCAUGUGUCGUACAAAACCAGAACACUCAACUGGGUGCGGCAAAGAUGUCACCUGGGACAGGACCAGGAAGGUCUCUGGUGCCCACUCACUCAUGCCGGGAGACACGGAGUACAGCCCUCAGUUUUAUACGUCUCAAUAAAUUUCAUCUGCGGGGCGAGGUGCUUGCCCCAUGCGGGCAUCGCAGUUACAGGACCCAGGUGAGGCAGAGACUAAACACUGUACAUAUAUACGCCUUAUGUAAUUAUUUUCCUUUGCAGUUAGUAAUAAAACCCAGCAUGUACAAAGGUACUGUAGAACACAACUUCUAAAUGAUGUACAUAGGUGUAUAAUUAAUGUAGGUUUAGAUAUAUAACUUUAGAAAUGAGACAAAAAAAAAGAUUCCCAAAGUACAGUAGGCAUUUCUGUUCCGAUGUCUCUGUUUUCUGGAUUUCUUUGGUCCCACUGACCUCUGGCCCUUUAGUGCAUGGCCUUUGUUCUGUGUCCCAGACUGGCAGCCGUUUGGGUACUUCUGUUCCCUCGCUAAACCUUUCGUUGAAUCUAAUAAGCCAUAGGUCUGGGGGAAGUUUGGAGGUCCAGGAGAUGGCAACACCCACCACCAAUAUACUGAUUUACUGUGAAAUGUUUACAAAACUGAGGUCUCUUUUUUAAGACAUCAAGGGCCUCGCCGACUAGCCUGGGGGAGAAUUCCAGGAGGAGGCCACGCUCUGGCACAUCACCAGUCAUGUGUUCAUGCUUUUCAAGUGAGCUCUUACCCUUUGUAGCACAACAGUUUGAGAAACUUUUCUUCUGUAAAACCAUUGAUUCUCCAGCUGUUCCACUCUACCAUCACAAGAAACGACAGACUAUUAAAAAAUGAGACAUGAUUAAGUUAGUAGAAGAUGGUUUGGGUCUAAAGUCAAGAAAUUCAUGAUGCAAGAAGUCGGUGAAGUAUCUUUUAAUCACUGAUCUCACACACUUUGACUCCAUCUGGCACUCUUCCUGUGGCUGGGGGCUUACCCAUCAGCAUUUCUUGCAUGGAUACUUUUUUUUUUAAUGAAAUUACCACAGUUCAACAUUCAAAGAUUAGAUCAACAAUUUUGGCGACUGUGUAAGAAAUCUCUCUAGAGUAUGCCAGAGGUUAGAAAUCAAAUCCAAGGUACCUCCCAAUCAAAGAAAAUUUUUAAAAAA